UGUAUUGAUAAGUUGGUACAUUUGUGUUGAUCUGUUGAAUUCAUGUUUAAUAUAUAUCCUAAAUUACAGUGCUUUUUAAUAAUAAAUUCUAAUUUUUUAACCACAAAUAAAAUAUAAUGAAUACAAAAUCUUUAUUUUCAAAAUCUAAUUUGGCCACUAAUCAGUUUCGUAGAUACGUGGCCAAACCUGAAACAGCUAAAGACAUCACUGCCAAUGUGAAAGGUUUGAGCAAUAAAGUAAUUAUUGCUAACCCUCCUCCAGAACGUGUUAGAAAAACUGUUGGAAAUACAUAUAAAAAUCCUCAGUACUUUAGUUACCACAAAACAUCUUAUUUUGAUGCUGAAAUUGAAAUGUUAAAAUAUCGACUGCCACAACCAUCAAGUUUAAAAUAGAAAAUUAAUCAUGGUUUUGUAUAGAAUACUAUUAAGAUAUGUCCCGAUGAUAACAUUUCCAAUUGCUUUUGUUGCUGGAGUCAUUGGAUAUAAUUUAGAACGAAAAGUUCACAAUAUGGAAACACCAUCAAUACCUAGUAUUUUAGAAGAAAAACU